AUGAGUAAAUCCUUGUCCCAUGCCUUGAUCAGCACGGCCGUCUUUGCCUACGGCUUCCUUACGGUUUUUCUUUAUGGCUUCAUUGCCUUGGCGAAAGGCACAUACUUCAAACGCCCAAAUGAAAACGAGAAACGAGACCUACAGCUUGCUCGCAAUCGCCUGUGGGAUUUAUCUAAAGACUUCGAAGGUCUCUCUCACCACAUUCUAACUUUGCAGAGCGGAUUCAAGUUCCACUUUGUCAGUAACGAUAUCCCAAACACACCGGAAACCAUCAAUUCUGAUAAACCAUUGGUCAUCUUCAUCCAUGGAUUCCCCGAUAGCUGGGCCGUCUGGCGACGCAUUAUCAGAAAUCCUGCUCUGCAAAAGGCCGUUUCACUCGUUGCCAUUGACCUUCCUGGAUAUGGAGGCACGGAGAGCCUAGAAAAAUAUACUGCAACAAACGUCUUGGAGAAAUUGACAGAGCUGAUUGUCACCCUGCGGACCCAGUAUGGCGUGGACUCGGACAACGAAAGCAACAAGAAGAGAACCGUAAUUGUCGCCCAUGAUUGGGGUUGUGUCUUGUCCAUGCGCCUCGCCGCCGAAGCUCCGUCCCUAGCUCAUCGGUUCAUCUUGUCCAACGGACCAUCAAUGAAAUUGGUUGAAUCCAAUAUCCGCCGUCUGCUCUUCUCGGCCAAUAAGAUGCUCGGUAACGCCUGGCGUUCACCAUUGAACGCUCGCGUCCCGCUGAUGCAAGCACUCCGAACCCUCGCUCCUCUUGGCCGCCAGCUUUUUCUAUCCGGCUACAUCUUUUCCAUGCAGCUACCAACGCCAAUUGUCUGCUACUUCAUGUCCGGAGGCAACCACUCACUGUUGAAAGGCUGCCACCUCACCUCGUACAACAAGGACGAAUGUACUCCCCUCGGCGUGGCCAACAGCAUGGCUAGCACCAUGGGACCGUCCGCUGCAGAAUCGGAUACUAAAACUCCCAGCGGUGAUUCUUAUCAUGCCAGCAUCAGCGAACGCGCGUUCGCGCAUGUCAUCCACAUGGCGGCUUAUUACCGCGAUCGGGCAUCGGUGGCGCGUUGGGUCAAGUCUAUUGAGACAGUCGCUAGCUUGCACAGCAUUUCAUCCGGAAAGCGGCUGACGAGCAGCGGAGCUGGGUUGUUUGAUGAAGGCCCACCGGGCGCUCUCAAAGCCAGCACGACCAUUUUCUGGGGCAAGGAUGAUAUUGCACUUGACCAAAGGAUCUGCCUUGAUGGGAUGGGUGAUUACUUGGCGCAGGGGUCUCAGAUUGUGCUACUUCCCCGUACUGGACAUUGGACCCCAAUUGAACGUGAGAGCGGCGCAGCUUUGAUCAAGGCCGUUGAAUGGGCUGCCCAAGGCGAAGAAGGGGAUAUUGGGACCAUUCUCAGUGAAUCCUACCCUGGUAUCCAGGUCAAUUUUUCACGGUAA